UUCUUGCGCAGACUCACUAGCAACCUCUGGCCGACCCCCCCCCCGGCCAGCGUAGCAGCCUGUGCACCGCCAACACAAAUGUUUAGCGCCAGUCGAGGACUUGCGUUGUGGGUCCACGAGGGGCUCGGGGCGGUGGGCGGCGUAAGCUAAGCGGGAGUCUUCGGGGCAGUGAGUGGUGCGUUAAAUCAGUGGGCGGGCGUAAGCAGCACCAGUUUAACAGUGGAAAAACUGACUCCAGGCCGCCAAACACCUCCUUCCCCCUUUCAGAAAGCAGCCGGCUGGCGGAGGGGGCAGCGGACGAAAAACAAAAAAAGUUGAACAAGAGUUUAGGCAGAAAAAUAAACAAAACCCAGUAGGUUUCCCCCCUAAAUUUUCCUUCCUCCUUCCACCUGCUCCCCCUAACCCUCAUCAGCAAAUAGCUCUACCCCAAACAGAAACUAGCUCAGCCUGGCAUCUUGAAUAGGCUCAACAUUAAACUUGAGGAACGAAAUUAACAAAAUGUCCAACCAACUGAAAGUCGCAAAGGACUCUUUAGUGUCGUCGCUUUAUGAGCUCUCCAAGGCCGCAGCGGAGGCUUCCUCAGCGGCCGUUGACUUCUAUAACGCUUCGUUAACAAAUAACGAUGAUGCUACUCACGUCUUUGGUGAAUUGGCGGACUCGCUUAAGCUCUUGACACACGCUGCAAACGGUGUCCAGCUUUCUGCAAAGGCCAUUGUCACUGACGCGAGCCUGGCAUCGGUAGUGGCCGAUCCUGCUCUUUUGGCGGCAGUUGCAGGUGAACCGUUGACCACUCACACUGCUGGUGAAGUUACUGCCAUCGAGAAGCCAGCAAGAAAGAAAGCAGAGAAGGAUCCAUAUGCUCCAAAGAAACCACUGACCGUGUUCUUUGCCUACUCUGCUUAUAUCCGCGAGGCCAUCCGUGAGGAACGCGCUUCAAAGGGCUUACCACCUUUAUCAUCGACAGAGAUCACACAGGUGAUUUCGCAAAAAUGGAACGACAUGAGCGAACAGGAGAAGGACAAGUGGAAAGAGGCAUAUGGCCUUGAACUUGCCAACUACCAACAGUUGAAGGAGAAGUACUUGGAGGAUAAAAAGAACGGCCUGCCUGUCAACACCACCAUCCCAACACACGCUCCAGUUCCGGUACCAGCCUUCCUUGAGAAGACCAAGAAGAGAUCUGGCGAAGAAAAGAAGGAAAAGAAAAAGUCCAAGAAGUCCAAGAAGAAGAAUCCUGAAGAUAUCUCCUCGUCUCAUGAAUUCUGA